GAAACAGCUUAUUUCUCUAAGAGGCACACCACGCAGCCGGGCUCUCCCUCCACCGCGCCGCUUCUACUGAAGGACUCGGAGCAGGAACCAGAGGAAAAGCACACCAACAACAACUUUGGGCUAUUUUUUUUUCUUCACUCUGUUAACGCGCUAUUACAAGGCGCUGUACUCCUCUGUACAGCUUUACAGAAAUUAACUGCUCGCGAAGCGCGGACCUACGCUGGCACCGGGUUGGGGGGAAUACCACUAAAAUAUCCAUUAUUUCACUUGGUUUUUGUGGAUGCACCGAUGAGAGAUCCAGUUUUCACAGGGACUGCAAUGGCUUAUCACCCUUUCCACGCACACCGGGCGACCGACUUCCCCAUGUCCGCCUUCCUAGCGGCCGCGCAACCUUCCUUCUUCCCGGCACUCAGCCUGCCUCCCGGGGCGCUCACCAAGCCCAUCCCGGACCACGGCCUGGCCGGGGCGGCGGAGGCUGGGCUCCACCCGGCCCUCAGCCACCAUCAGGCGGCUCAUCUGCGCAGCAUGAAAAGCCUGGAGCCCGAGGAGGAGGUGGACGACGACCCUAAAGUUACACUGGAAGCCAAAGAUCUUUGGGACCAGUUUCAUAAACUCGGAACGGAGAUGGUUAUUACCAAGUCCGGGAGGAGGAUGUUCCCCCCGUUCAAGGUGCGAAUAAACGGCCUCGACAAAAAAGCCAAAUACAUCCUGCUGAUGGACAUCGUGGCGGCCGACGACUGCCGCUACAAGUUCCACAACUCCCGCUGGAUGGUGGCGGGUAAGGCCGACCCGGAGAUGCCCAAGAGGAUGUAUAUCCACCCAGACAGCCCGGCCACCGGCGAGCAGUGGAUGGCCAAGCCUGUUGCUUUCCAUAAACUCAAGCUGACCAACAAUAUCUCAGACAAACACGGAUUUCAGACCAUCCUGAACUCCAUGCACAAGUACCAGCCCAGGUUCCACAUAGUGCGGGCCAACGACAUCCUGAAGCUCCCUUACAGCACCUUCAGGACCUACGUGUUCCCGGAGACCGAGUUUGUGGCCGUGACUGCGUAUCAGAACGACAAGAUAACGCAGCUGAAGAUCGACAACAACCCUUUUGCGAAAGGAUUCAGAGACACGGGGAACGGAAGGAGGGAGAAAAGGAAGCAGCUGACCAUGCCGUCGCUGCGGAUGUACGAGGACCAGUGCAAGGCGGACCGGGAGGGCGCGGAUUCGGACGCCUCUUCCAGUGAGCCUCCGGGCGGCAGGGACGCCGUCCACUCCCCGCUGGGCGCCGGUAGCAGCCCGCUGAGGUUCAGCAGAGCGAGUCGAGAUGAAAAAACGUGCACUGACAGCGAGCAGGAGCUGGAGCAUCAUGACGAGCACUGCACCGCCUCCAACAGCCCAGGUCCUGAACCCGUGUCCCCCUAUAGCUCCAGGUGUGAGGACCGCGUACGGGACAGGCCUAGUGUGGAAAAGAAGGAUGACUCCAUAUUCAGUAUAAGGAACCUGGAGAAGGACAAAGCAGAAAGCAGGCACAGGAAGGACACCACAGACGCACUGAUAAAGGACUCAGAGGCCGGAGGCAUCAGUGCCAGUAAGGACACGUUCUCUCCUCUCAUGGUCCAGACCGAGAGCCCCUCGCACUUCAGCCCAGGCCACUUACAAAGCCUGGCUCUGUCUGGCCUGCACAGUCAGCAGUUCUUUAACCCUCUGAACACCGGAUCGCCGCUGUUGUUUCAUCCUGGCCAGUUUGCCAUGGCCCCUGGAGCCUUUUCUGCUAUGGGAAUGGGGCAUCUUUUGGCCUCUGUAUCGGGAGCAAGUGGUUUGGAAAACGGCAGCCUCUCCGCCCAGGGCACAGGAGGAACCCCCAACCCCUUCCCCUUCCAUCUGUCCCAGCACAUGCUAGCCUCUCAGGGCAUCCCAAUGCCUCCAUUUGGAGGGCUUUUCCCAUACCCUUACACCUACAUGGCAGCAGCUGCAGCGGCAGCCUCAGCCCUCCCCACCACCAGCACUUCCAGCCCACUCUCCAGGAAUCCCUUCCUGGGAUCGUCCCGGCCUCGGCUCCGUUUUAACCCUUACCAGCUCCCGGUGUCAUUGCCUCAGAGCUCCAGUCUGCUGACAACCGGCCUGCCAAGCAGCCUCAACCCGGCCUCUGAAUCAUCCAAACCGGGCAGCAGAGAGGCCAGCCCAGCCCCAGAGCACCACAGCAACCACAAGAUAGGAGGGUCAAGUGGGAGGGCCACAUCCCCAAAAACCUCCAUGAAGGACACAGUGAAUGAGCUGCAAAGCAUCCAGAGACUGGUGAGCGGUCUGGAGGGCCAGAGGGAGCCCUCCCCGACGGCAGACUCUCCAAAGUGAAGAGGAGUCUCUGUUUGGAGUCAACAUCUUGGCUUAAAUACCAGAGAACUAUAAGUGCAUAUGUCCUGUACAGCACAUUACAGAGAGUGGGAUGAGGUUUUGACCGAUAAGGGUUGGUGAAGGCUGAUAACUGAUAUUUUUUUUGGAACAAAGUUGUGGACUGAGUGAAACUUGGUCCAAAUAACUAAAUUUGACAUUUUUUUCUUUAAAUCCACAAGUAUUCAAGGUUUCCUCCAGAGCCAACCUGUUAGAAAAGAGUAAAGCCGGUCAGAGAACAUAUGGACAAUCAUCGGACACCAAGACUCUUACACCAAAACUUACAAUCCCUGAGUUUUAGAGUUGGCAGCUUUUCGAGAGCAGACCCCCCCCCCCCCCCCCCCCCCCCCCCCCCCCCCCCCCCCCCCCCCCCCAGGAUCCUCUGGAAUACAUUUCUGUAAUGAUGGAAUAAACAUUAAUUGACAAAAAAAAUUAAAAGAAAGUGACAUAAAUUAAGUGUUCAAAUAAUAAAAAAAAAACAUAUAACACAAUAUAACACAAAAUAACGAUGAAAAAUAUUAUAAAAACAAAACUCGAGUGUCAUUCAGAGAAACACUGAUCAUUUACACUGCAAGUAAUGUAAUGAAUGACACUCUUGAUCUCAACCAUUGUAUCAGAGGUGGAGCACAGUAGGCCAGUAUGGCCCCACAUAUCGGUGCCACCUGCCUGAGAGCCUGCAGCUCCAUAGACCGAGCGGCGCACGGUGGAAAGUGUGUUUGUCUGUGGUGAAAGUGAAGCAUCUGAUCAUCUCGGCUUGGGUUUUACUCACCGGGCCGAAUCCCCGAACGGGAGCCUCAUGUCAGGCAGGUCUCAAGCUGCAUCCAAAAACUUUUUUAUUUUUAUUUUUAUUUGUCAUGCCUGAUUAUUUCGAAAGGGAUGGAAAGUGAACGUUCCGUCGCAAGAAAAAAAUUAACCGCUUAUCAUUUCAUUCCAGAAAAAAAAAUGUUUCUCAAAUAUUUAUGUAAUUAAAAAAUAAAAAAAUCUGUAAAUAAAGCUAAGAUCCAAGAAUAUGCAAUUGGUAUUAAUUUAUUCAAGGCUGUACAUUAGCGUGUAUAUAUUUCGAAUUUAACUUGUUAGUUUUUUCCUCCUCCUCCUCCUCUCCUCUCAUUUUACAUGACCAUAUACUGUAAAUUAAAGCUUUUUAGUUCUUGUUGGUUUGACAAACUGUAUGAAGCAUCGCUGGGUUUUUUAAGGAGACGUGUGUGCCAUGUUUUAGUCUGCAUCCACCGACAAAUACAGAGGAACAGAGCGAGAGCUCCACAUGGAUUCAAAAACACCUCAGGUUACUUCACUCCAGCCAGGAGACAUUCAAAGCAAUUCCUCAUGGGCGCAUCAUUCAUAUCUAUCCAUAAAUAUAUUUAAAGAUGAAAGUAUCUUGUUUAUGCUGGUUGUCCGGGUAUAUAUUUUUUUUUUGAUUGUCUCACAAUUUCAAUAAAAAAUCGUUGUGCUGAAAGAUA